CUCCCUUCAAGGAGUAAAAAGCCCGGGCACUUUCAAAGUGCCCUUUCUACCCAGAUCCGGGAGAAGUCUUGGGGUGCGAAGGCGGGGCCACUAGACUGACGACAACCUCCUGAAUGUCCAGCCCCGCCUUCCCACCACCUUUGGGAUUUGGUUCCUGAAGCAAGAUCGCCCUCUCAGUGAAAGGCAGAUGUCCCUUUAAGGUUUGCUUUGCUGCUGCCCGUGGACUUUAGCCUAAACACGGUCCCGCGAAGUUGGCUUUAUUUGUCCAUGUCUCGGACAGAGCCUGGGUGGCUGCCAGUGAGAUUUCAGAGACUGAGCGCGCAAAGGGGCGGGAGAUGUGGCAAUCCAUCUGGGAUGUGAGAAGCGUGGAGCGGGCUUAGCAGCAUUUGACCAAAACACAGGAAAUCACUCCUCCACAGCUCCUGGUCGCUGUAGCCUCUGGGGCCACUGCCGGACACCCGCGGAGACCGCACCGAGUGACCCAGAGCGCAAGUCGCGGGCGCCCGGGUUCUGCCGGUUCCUGCCAGCUCCUGCCCACGAACCAGCACGUCGCUGGUUUCAGAAGCCGCUCCAGCAAUGGUCCCCAGGCGCCUGGCCAGCCUGGAGGUCACAGUAGCCUGCAUCUGGCUUCUCACUGUUUUCCUAGGUUUCUGCAUUUCCUUCAACGUUGAUGUGAAAAACUCAAUGAGUUUCAGUGGCCCAGUGGAGGACAUGUUUGGAUACACUGUUCAACAAUAUGAAAACGAAGAAGGCAAAUGGGUUCUUAUUGGUUCUCCUUUAGUUGGUCAACCCAAAGCAAGAACUGGAGAUGUCUAUAAGUGUCCAGUUGGGAGAGAGAGGCCAAUGCCUUGCAUGAAGUUGGAUUUACCAGUUAACACAUCGAUUCCCAAUGUCACAGAAAUAAAGGAAAACAUGACAUUUGGAUCAACUUUAGUCACCAACCCGAAUGGAGGAUUUCUGGCAUGUGGGCCAUUGUAUGCCUACAGAUGUGGACAUUUGCAUUAUACAACUGGAAUAUGUUCUGAUGUCAGCCCUACAUUUCAAGUUGUGAACUCAUUUGCCCCUGUACAAGAGUGUAGCACACAGCUGGACAUAGUCAUUGUCUUGGAUGGCUCCAACAGCAUCUAUCCCUGGGAAAGUGUCACUGCCUUUUUAAAUGACCUUCUUAAGAGGAUGGAUAUUGGCCCUAAACAGACACAGGUUGGAAUUGUACAAUAUGGAGAGAAUGUAACGCAUGAGUUCAACCUCAAUAAGUAUUCAUCGACAGAAGAGGUCCUUGUGGCAGCAAACAAAAUAGGCCGAAGGGGUGGUCUCCAAACAAUGACGGCCCUUGGAAUAGACACAGCUAGGAAAGAGGCAUUCACUGAAGCUCGGGGAGCCAGAAGGGGAGUGAAAAAAGUUAUGGUUAUUGUGACUGAUGGAGAAUCACAUGACAAUUAUCGCCUGAAACAGGUCAUCCAAGACUGUGAAGAUGAAAACAUUCAGCGAUUUUCCAUAGCUAUCCUUGGCCACUAUAACAGGGGGAACUUAAGCACCGAAAAAUUUGUGGAGGAGAUAAAAUCGAUCGCAAGUGAGCCCACGGAAAAGCACUUCUUCAACGUGUCGGAUGAGUUGGCCCUGGUCACAAUUGUUAAAGCUUUAGGAGAAAGGAUAUUUGCUCUGGAAGCUACAGCUGACCAGUCAGCAGCUUCAUUUGAAAUGGAAAUGUCUCAGACCGGCUUCAGUGCUCAUUAUUCACAGGACUGGGUCAUGCUUGGAGCAGUGGGAGCCUAUGACUGGAACGGAACUGUGGUCAUGCAGAAAGCUAACCAGAUUGUCAUCCCUCAUAACACCACCUUUCAAACUGAGCCUACCAAGAUGAACGAGCCUCUUGCUUCUUAUUUAGGUUACACAGUGAACUCCGCCACCAUCCCAGGAGAUGUGCUCUACAUCGCUGGACAGCCUCGGUACAAUCACACUGGCCAGGUCGUCAUCUAUAAGAUGGAGGAUGGGAAUGUCAACAUUCUGCAGACACUCAGUGGAGAGCAGAUCGGUUCCUACUUUGGUAGCGUUUUAACAACAAUUGACAUUGACAAAGAUUCUUACACUGAUCUGCUUCUCGUCGGGGCCCCCAUGUACAUGGGGACAGAGAAAGAGGAACAGGGCAAGGUGUACGUGUACGCUGUGAAUCAGACAAGGUUUGAAUAUCAAAUGAGCCUGGAACCAAUUAAGCAGACCUGCUGUUCAUCCCUGAAGGAUAAUUCAUGCACAAAAGAAAACAAGAAUGAGCCCUGUGGGGCACGUUUUGGAACAGCAGUUGCUGCUGUAAAAGACCUCAACGUGGAUGGAUUUAAUGAUGUCGUGAUUGGAGCUCCCCUGGAAGAUGACCACGCAGGAGCUGUGUACAUUUAUCAUGGCAGUGGCAAGACCAUAAGGAAAGAGUAUGCACAACGCAUUCCAUCAGGUGGGGAUGGCAAAACACUGAAAUUUUUUGGCCAGUCUAUCCACGGAGAGAUGGAUUUGAAUGGUGAUGGUCUGACUGAUGUGACCAUUGGAGGCCUUGGAGGGGCUGCCCUCUUCUGGGCCAGAGAUGUGGCUGUUGUUAAAGUGACCAUGAAUUUUGAACCCAAUAAAGUGAAUAUUCAAAAGAAAAACUGCCGUGUGGAGGGCAAAGAAACAGUAUGCAUAAAUGCUACAAUAUGUUUUCAUGUGAAAUUGAAGUCUAAAGAAGACUCAAUUUACGAGGCUGAUCUGCAAUACCGUGUCACCCUUGAUUCACUGAGGCAGAUAUCACGGAGCUUUUUUUCUGGAACUCAGGAAAGGAAGAUUCAAAGAAACAUCACCGUUCGGGAGUCCGAAUGCAUCAGGCACUCCUUCUACAUGUUGGAUAAGCAUGAUUUUCAGGACUCCGUGAGAGUGACUUUGGAUUUUAAUCUCACUGAUCCAGAAAAUGGGCCCGUGCUUGAUGAUGCUCUGCCAAACUCGGUCCAUGAACACAUCCCUUUUGCCAAAGACUGUGGAAACAAGGAAAGAUGCAUUUCAGACCUCAACCUGGAUGUGUCCACCACAGAAAAGAGCCUGCUGAUCGUCAGGUCCCAGAAUGACAAGUUCAAUGUCAGCCUCACAGUGAGGAACAAAGGAGACAGUGCAUACAACACCAGGACAGUGGGGCAGUAUUCUCCAAAUCUGAUUUUUUCAGGAAUUGAGGGGAUCCAAAAAGAUAGCUGUGAAUCCAAUCAAAAUAUCACUUGUAGAGUUGGAUAUCCUUUUCUGAGGACAGGAGAAAUGGUUACCUUCAAAAUAAUAUUCCAGUUUAAUACAUCACAUCUCUCAGAAAAUGCAAUCAUUCAUUUAAGUGCAAUAAGCGACAGUGAAGAGCCACAGGAAUCUCUUCAUGAUAAUGAAGUAAAUAUUUCCAUCCCAGUAAAAUACGAAGUUGGACUGCAGUUUUACAGUUCUGCGAGUGAACACCACAUUUCAGUUGCUGCCAAUGAGACUAUCCCUGAGCUUAUUAAUUCCACUGAGGAUAUUGGGAAUGAAAUUAAUGUCUUCUAUACGAUUAGAAAAAGAGGGCAUUUCCCAAUGCCAGAACUUCAGCUGUCAAUUUCAUUCCCCAAUUUGACAUCAGAUGGUUAUCCUGUACUGUACCCAACUGGAUGGUCAUCUUCAGAUAAUGUGAACUGCAGACCCCGGACCCUUGAGGAUCCUUUGGGUAUCAACUCUGGGAAGAAAAUGACAAUCUCAAAGUCUGAGGUUCUCAAAAGAGGCACAAUCCAGGACUGCAGUACCUGUAAAACUGCCACCAUCACGUGUAAUCUCCUUUCUUCGGAUGUAAGUCAAGUGAAUGUCUCACUCAUCCUGUGGAAACCAACUUUCAUAAAAGCACAUUUUUCCAGCUUAAAUCUUACCAUACGGGGAGAACUUCAGAGUAAAAACACAUCACUGACUUUAAGCAGCAGCAACCGGAAACGAGAGCUGGCUAUUCAGAUAUCCAAAGACGGGCUCCCAGGCAGAGUACCACUGUGGGUUAUCCUCCUGAGCGCCUUCGCAGGACUCCUGCUGUUAAUGCUGCUUAUAUUAGCUCUGUGGAAGAUUGGAUUCUUCAAAAGGCCACUAAAGAAUAAAAUGGAGAAAUGAAAUAUUUUAUAGAAGGAAAAAAAAUAACAACUAGUCAACAAUCUAUCCUCAGGUUUGCCUCAAUCAUGUGAGAAGAAAUUCAAAAAUAUAGCCAAAGACAUGGUCACAUAAGUCUAUGUAAUCCAUGAUCCACCUGGGAUUGCUCACUUGGAAAGAGACAGAUCAAGUGUGACCCCAAAAGGCUACCCAAAGAUCAAGUGUAGAAAGCAAUGGGAAAUAUUUUUAAUAAUUACUCAUUUUUGCUGAGUAAGUGAAAUGACAAAAUGUUUUAAAGAAGAAUUGUCGGUAUAAGUACAUUUAUGUGUUUACAUGCCUCACAGAGUAUCUUAAGGGAUGCACAAAAAGAGAUUUGUGUUCAUGAAGCAGUUACUCUAAGCACAAUAUAAAUAAAGCAUUUCCCCUUGGUUACACCUUCAGAGUGACACUCAGCAUUUGUAAAUGACAACAAAGGAAUGGAGCGAAAAAAGCUCUCCCAGUUCAAAUGAGAAAAGCUUUGCUUAGCAGAGCCCAUAUAUACAAUAUGGUCUGAAAAUAGAAUUAAAUCACGGGUGACACUCGGUGACUUUGUGGGCUCCUAUAGCUAGAAAGAAUAUUUUCCAGUGUGAUUGGAAAAUAGUGCAGUUGAGCUCAAAUUCUAUGUAGAAUAGACAGUCAAGAUGGAGUUGUUAUUUAAAAAUGAGUGCACUGGAUCUAUUAAUUUAAACUUUUAUAGAAAGUAAAACUGCUUAAUUUAUAUUGAGCUCUAAAACACAAAACUCUUUUAUAAUGUAUAUAAAGUUGCGGCAGUUUGUGUAGCAUCACAGUGAUAAGUUGUGAAAAGCCACACCAUGUGUGAUGCCCAGAGAGUUUCUUAAUGAAACGUGAGCAUGCAUCAAUGACCCAAUGAAGCUGAUGUCACCUUUGCUGAAUAGUCAUUCAGUGCUAGGGCAUCCAGGAUGUUUCGUUAAGUAGGGGGUUUCACAACUCUUUGGUGUAGGGGUCAUGUAAAACCCAAAAAUAUGAGUGUUUAUUUCUAAAUCUUUUUAAUUUUCUAAACACAUUUUAUGUUAUGAUUGAGAAAACAAUCUCCCAGGCUAAUGUUAUAUUUUAUACACUGCUUUUGAACAUGGUAUAUCAGUAUUUAAAUAGAAAAACCAGGUAAUUUAAAGAAUGUAUAUUUUGAAAACAUACACUAACAGAGACAUACAACUCAUUUGUAUGCACUUCUGUGUUCCUGAAGUAAUCCCUAAGGCCCCUGGACUCUGCUGUAACAUAAGCUUCUAGAUUGCUCCAUUUCCAAGAUAAAUAACAAUGAAUGAAUGUACAAUAUCACCUUGUGUGAACUACUGCUGUAAAAUGUGCUGAUCCUCCUGCCCCAAAAGAGCUGGACUCUGCUCUCCUCAAACUCAACAAGCCAACAGAGAAAUUGAGUGCCAUAGGUUUGAUAUUUUUAAAAAUUUAUUUCCAAGAAAUUAUCUUAGGGCUCAGACUCAGCCAGCUUCUUGGCUUUUCACCCUUACAUGUCAGAUCCUAAGGGCUAAGGGAUGGAUGAUACUACAGUCAUCCAUGACUGGAAGAGAAGUGAACAGGAAACUAGAAGAAAGAUGUGUUCUCCAUUCUCAUUGUCUCUCACCAGCUUUGGAAGUCAUAUUUUCCUCCUGUUCUUUUCCCAACAGAACUCAGAUGUUUCUUGCUCAGUUACCAUGGUGCCGAAGUCCAGUACAUACCUGCCCAGCAGCCCUUACUCCUAGCUCCAUGCUUUUAGGAAUGAAAUUCAUUGGAUACAUGUAGAUUCAUCUUUGAUGUAAGGGACUACAAGGCACUGAACUUUGUACACUGAGCUAUAAGUGGGCAUAUUUAAACUAAAUCUGUUGUUGAGACAAAGUGGGGAAGCAUAAAUGAAGACAUUUUGAACUUUUAAGAAAGGAGAGGAAGAGCUGUUUGGUCAGAUUAAAAGAUGUUAAAGCCACUUGCCUGCCAGGUUUUAGUAUACAUUAUUUCUAGUUAGUAGUUCCUUAUUAGGAACCAGAUAUCUCAUUUCUCUACAGUCAUGAUUGAGUCUGUGUGUAUGUGUAUGUAAUUGUAUGCACACACAUAAACAUACCAUUUAAAUUCAGAGCAAUUGAAGAAUACCAAAAGGUAGAAUUUAUAAAGCAUAAAGAAAGCACACCAAAGCUACCCCAGUGAUGAAAGUUUAUUUCCUUUGCUUUUCAUACAGUAUUCACUUCUAUUAAUAUUUAAGUUUAGUUGUUCUUUUAUAAACUAAAACUAUAAAUUCAGAGACUUUGAUCUUAAAAAUGAUAACAGAUGUCCCAGAUUAUCUUUAUGGGAAUAUUCUAAACAUAUAAAUAAUUAAGAAAUAUAUUAAACUCUAUAAUCUUAUUUAAGAUAAUAAGAAAAUUGACUAAUACUUUAGACUAUUUAUGAACUUAUUGAUUAAACUAAAUCACCAAAUAUUUUGUAGUUUUUUUAAAGCACUGUUGCUUCCACUAUUAUCUGAACUAUGCAUGCAUUCUCUUUCCUGAUGAAUCAUACAAUGGCAUACAAAUAAAUUACUCAACAAGUUGUUCUUCAAGAGGGAAAAGUACCCUGAUAUCUAACUUUUGGGGCUUCAUUAUGCUCCUCAAAGCCACUUUCAAACAACAAGCAUGACCCUAUUUGGCUUACAGAAUUCCUAGAAAUGUGUGUUAGAUAUUACUAACUAAUUUGAGAUACUGUAGCAUACCCCUGACAUAAACUACAUUCUACAUACUAGAAUUGAUGGAUAGAGAUGUAGACCAGUGUUCAGAGUCUGUAAACACAUGUGAGCACACAUGACAAUCAAACAUCAAGUUGUGCUGAAUAUACUGGCUAAGUCAAUCCCAGAAGUUAGAAUGGUGAAGAUUAGUCAUAUUUUAGCUUUAAUUUCUAAAAUUAAUUAUUCUUUAAUAUGAAUAAAGUGACAUGAACUUGAAGAAGGAAGGAAAUAAAAGCAAGAAAAUACAGAGAGUUGCAUCCCUUGACAGCCAGAGCUACUCGGGAGGCACAAAAACCAACCAAGCAAACGAAAACUCCUCCACUUCCUCACCAAACUCAAAGACCUGAAAGUUGCCUGAGAGAAAGUCUUCCUUGACAAAUAUUUCUAACAUCUGUGGUCUGAUUUAAACAUCAAUGAUGAAAUUAGUUAAAUUAGUUUUCUUUUUUUUCCAGCUUCUUUUUUUUUAAACUUAAUAACCUUUAUUGACCUACUUCACAGCCUUGUUUAGGACACAGGGCCAAACAAAUAGCGUUCAGCUGCAGGCCAGGCCACACGUACCCUUCUACACUUGUAGGACUGGAACAUGCCCUGGCAGGGCAGGAAAGUGGCAAAACUACUCUGACUGAGCAACAAUCAGGUCCCUUUUGGUACCAUGACAAAAUGAUGAUCUAUACACUGUGGAAGGAAAUUGGGGAAGAGAAGGAAAUGAACCCAAAUACCAGAGGGACAGGCUGGGCUCCCAGGCACCAAGAUCAUGGGCGACGUAGACCCUAGAUAUUUUCUUUGUCAUAAAUAUACUUGAAAAAAAGCUUGUAGAAAGAGCUUUUAUAAAUUUGAUGAUUUAGGUAGCCAGAAUAAUUUUAUCUAUAAAUAUACAUAUAUGAUGUGCAUAUAUUUUCAUAGGCAAUCAUUUAGUUUUUCUUUAAUAAACCAAGGUCCAGGCUCAAUUCUGGAAAGCAAAAAUAUUUGUACCAAAAGGAAAAAAGCAUAGUUUAUGAUGGAGUAGGACUGCAUUGCAGUAGAGGCCUUGUGGAAAGCCAUGGGUUGACUCAUAGUAGUUCCACAGUUAGCAUGCUGAAUGAUGGCCAUUGGUUGCCAUGGAGUAUGUUUUUCCAUAGCAACUUCUUUGUUGAACAUACCAUCAAUUUCACAUGAAGUUCCUAUCCUGUUCUUCACAGUGGUGAGCAAGCUGGAGGAGAUCCAGGUCCAGACCCUGUCUCAUGCCCAGACCCAGAGCUUGUCUCAUGUACCAGGAAUGCAUUACCAUCCCAAUAAAGUGGCUUCUGGAAAAUGAGAUGUUCAAAAUAGCAUUUUAGGCACUCCUCAUUCAUUCCUCAGAUCUCCCAAGCACCCUUCCUCCAUCACUCUUCUCAAAUAAAGGUUUCAGGAAGACUACAUAGGUAGCCUGUCAAUAAGACAUGUGCUCCUUUUGCUUCAAAUGCCAACUUCACUGAACGAAUCAUUCAUUCAUGUUUUCCAACCCAGUUUCCCAUAAUGACACUCCAAAGGGUUGGUUGGCAAUGGCAUCAUGCAGUAUAAUGUACUUCUGAGAUGGGACAUCCUUCCUUAAGAGGUUUACAUCCAUUUGGGCCACUGUUCUCCAUAGUCCUAUGGGAGAAACGGGAGGGAUUUAGGCCUCCAGCUACUGUUCUUAAGUAUUCUACAAUCUCUAUCCUCACCAAGGGCAAGCUUUAAAAACCAAAGGAAGGGCAUUUUCUUCAAGCUGAGGCUGCUUUAAAAUUGUGACAUACAAAUUAAUUGCAUAUAAAAGACUUUAAAUGCAGACACAACUUCAAAAUAAGUACCCUGGCCUCACAGGGUACCACGACUUUCAAUUGGACAGUGGUCUCCACAGCUCCAUCUACCCAGAAUCCAGAAAUCACCACUCUCCAUUCACUCUGUAUUGAAAGGAAAGCCAGAGCCCAUUGCAAAGAGCCACAUGUGCAAGGCUGGGUGUAACCCAGUGGCUGAGUGUACAGUGAACUCAUGCAAGGCCCUAGGUUAAUCUUAAUCUUGAUCUCAAUCAAGCACUGCAUAAGGUGAAAGAGUCUGAUCAUGCCUCCGUUUCUCAAAUGGAAGUACUCUGGUACAACACCACUAAACAAUACACGAAUUUCCUCUGAAAGCUUAGGAGAAAAAGCAAUGGCAUUGUCAUCUUGUGUGCAAACGGGUGUCUUUCAUCCUCAUAUUAAAACUGUAUUUGAAUAUAUAAGUUCAGAGUAAGAGAUUUAACCACCAAUCUUGAGGAGGAUACAAAGGAGCUCGUGGAGUCAGGCAAGUCCCAGCCCUAAGGCCUUAACACAUCUACCUGGGGAGUACAGGGCCUCUAACCUAUGGAAAUAGAUCAUCUAACAAGACAAAGGGCCUGAGCUCAAGUUGAGAGCAUCCACUGUCCCCACAGCCAAGACUCAGUUCCCCCACUUCAGCCACACUUAAGCAUUUCUUGGUGAAAUUUUACUACAUCAAAGAUGUGCAAGGCUGAGGGUCAGUUAUCACUUAUCACUAUUGAGCUGGAGAGCAGCUCUGUUUGUUUACAUUGUUGCUUGUGUACUGCAAACCCUCCCCUCCUCACCCCAUGAGACCAGUCUUCCUUGCUUUUCCUCAGUGCACAGCCUGAAGGAUUUGGGUGGUAGAAGGUAAUAGGAGCUAGAGUCUGUUUGCAGCCCUCCACCCAGAGGUACUUUGAUCUGGGGCUUCCUCAGCAGGGUUGUCCCAUGCCAUAUGCCCCUUUUGGGGAUUAGGCUAGUGUCCUGUUAUAGUUUGUGACCAAAGACUCAGAAAUGCUUUACUUAUCCCAGCAUGGAAGCAUAACUAUAAAGCAGAGGCCAAGGACAUUCAGCACUGUGACUCCGUUUGGCAUUUGUGCUUUAAGGUACAUACCUAAAGAAAGGAGUGUGGGGUUUAGAGGCUCUUAUACCACAGUAUGAGGCUGAAUAUCUGAUCUUUCAUGUGUUUGAUCUAGGCAUAAGAACUGAGAAUAAAAAUCUUAAAAGAAAACUUCCAAAGGCAUCAGAGUGACAACCCACUGUGUUCAUGAGUAACCCCUUGCAAUACUGUGUCUAUCCCCACAUCUGUAUUCUAAGAGGCAGAGAGAGAUGGAGUGAGAGAGGAGAGGAAAGAAGAGAGACAUGAGUAUUGUCCUUCUCUUCCUCCUUAGAGCAACCACAGCAAGGGAAGCCACUGCAUGUAGAUUCAAUGUAACGUGAUAAUUUAAACUUUGAUAAAUACAAAAGAAACGGGGAUAGACAAUGACCCACAACUCCCCAUCUGAUUUCUAACAACCUAACCCAUGAAAAUGGCCAAAGCUUCCUGAGGCUACAUGUAUCCCACCCACAGGACUCCCAAACGUAUUUGUCAGUGUGAGAGCAAAAGUAUACUCUUAGUUAUAAACUACCCCAGUUUAUACCCACAGUAUAAACAACUACUGUGUGUCUGGGCUUAACACACCCUAGCCUUAUAUGAAAACCAUUGUCUGAAACAACAGUUGGAGAUUCUGAAUUCUGGAGACGGUCCACAAAGGAGGUCCUGGUGGUUAGCCUUUCGAUCUGAGAAGCCCACUGCCCUCACUUAGGAGGCAGGAUUAGGAAACACUGGCAUGCAGGGAAGGUCCGCUGUGUGUUACUACUGUAAAGCUGUAUUGAUUGCUAAUGGGAAGUGUGCACUCCAUACCAAUUUUAUUAAAAAGAAGUACAUUGCAUUUAGUAAGUGCCCUGGAGCAUCCAUCCCGCUUCUCGCACACAAUUCCACGUCGCCUAAAUGAAGGUAUCACAUUGCUCAUUUUGCUAACUUACCUGAAACUCAUCAAAGGGAUGAUGUAAGGGUAUGUGCAUAGACAUAGUAGAAAAUGAUUAGGUAAAAAAUUUUCUGUUGACAUUCAAGAACAAAAAAAGGCACAACCUUUCCCAUGGAGAUUCAUAGGAUUGAUUGCCAGGUGACAGUCAUUUGAGAGGUAUAAUUAGAAUUAGCUGAGUAUGUGAAAGAGUCUCUUGAAGGCGCUGUGUUGUAUGUCAUAUCCUGCACACUGUUCUGAGGUCAAAGGUUUGAUACUUUUGUAUAAUUCCAUUUUGUACAUCUGCUGUGUAAUUUACGUCAAGGUAGAUGAGCAUCCUGUUUUGUGUCUUAAAUAAAAGAGUGACUCAAAGAAAAAAAUGUGAUUACUGUUAUUCUAAAUACAGAUUUUCUCCAAAA